CGUUUGAAAUAAUGUUAUCUGCUGAGAACAACUCGCAUAGAUUCGGAAAGAUUUUUCAAAGGUUACUUUUAUAUACUUAUUUUAUUUAAUUAAUUCAAAUUCAUAAAAAAAAAAUUCACAUUAAAUUAAUUCAAGCAUGGCUACACGAAUUUUAAGAAACAUGUUAAACAGAAAUCCUAGCAUUUUAUUAAAACGAUGGAAAAAUUCUGAUAGAGAUGUUACAGUAUAUGAUCCAUUUCAAAAACUUGAAAAAAAUAAGGAAGCCUAUUUAGAAGUUAUAAAAAUAUUCGAAGGACGAGACAAAAGGCGUAGAGGUCAUGUGGAAUUUAUAUAUGCAGCAUUAGCCAGAAUGAAGGAGUUUGGUGUCCAAAAAGACUUGGAAGUGUACAAAGCUCUUGUAGAUGUUUUGCCCAAGGGAAAAUUUAUACCAACAAAUAUUUUUCAAGCCGAAUUUAUGCAUUAUCCCAAACAACAACAAUGCGCUGUAGAUUUGCUAGAACAAAUGGAGGAUAAUGGUGUAAUGCCAGAUACAGAAAUGGAACAGAUGUUAUUAAAUAUAUUUGGUCGCCGUGGUAUACCCCUUAGAAAAUACUGGCGAAUGAUGUACUGGAUGCCAAAGUUUAAAAACCUCAGUCCAUGGUAUUUGCCAGAACAAUUACCAAAUGAUACAUUAGAAUUAGCUAAAUUAGCUAUCGAAAGGAUAACCUCUGUUGAUCCUGGCACUAAAAUUGUAAUUUGGCAGACAGAAGAAAUAGAGGCCUCAAUUGAUAAAACAUGGAUUGUAAGUGCCCAAAGUGAAGCUCAGAAAGUGUUGCUUGCAGAGCAGCCUGUUGAUGAUCCAUUAAUUGUAAAAGGUCCAUACACAGUCUACUUGAGAGAUCAAACAGUAACAUAUUUUUUACUGAUAGGAAAGACAAGACCAGAAUUCAAGGAUGACACAGAUCCAGAUGAUGUUUCAAAUAUAGAGAAGCCCCCAGGCAUACCUGGCUUUAUUGGUAGUACAAAACUUCCUGCAACAAAAUGUACAGUACAUGAACAAGAUGAUGGCACAAUAGUUUCAGUUUGUGCAACAGGUACUUCAUCAAGGGACUCACUUUUAUCUUGGAUACGAUUAUUAGAACAAAAUGGUAACCCGUCCUUGUCAAGUACACCUGUAAUAUUUACACUUAUCGCUCCACCAAAUGACAUCACAUUACAUGAACCUCAGCAAACUACAGAAGAUACAAAUAGUGAGAAACAAUUAGGAACAAAUUAACUUUAAAAAUUUGUUUAUUGUAGUUUAAUAAAUAGUAAUUAAUUA